CUAUUGCCUUUAAAUAGAAACAAAUCACAAAAAAAAUACCAAUAGUGAGAACCAUACAUUCAUCAUCAUCAUGAAAGGCUAUGAACCAAGGUCAAGUUCCUCUUGUGCAGCCUGCAAGUUUCUCAAAAGAAGAUGCAUACCAAAUUGUAUAUUCGCACCCUACUUUCGCUCCGACGAGUGCAAGAAAUUCGCCAAAGUCCACAAAGUUUUCGGAGCAAGCAAUGUGAGCAAGAUUCUGAUCGAAGUUCCGGAGGAACAGAGGGAAGAAACUGUGAAUUCUUUGGCUUAUGAAGCUGAUGCCAGGCUUAAAGAUCCUGUUUAUGGAUGCAUAGGUGCUAUAGCGAUUUUGCAAAGAAAGAUGGUUGAGCUUCAACAUGAUCUUGCUGUGGCGAAGGAUCGCCUCGCCUGUUGCGCUGCUGUUGCUGCUACUACUGCUGCUGCUAAUACUCCGAGUUCUUCUUCGCAUGAUUUGAUGAAUUCUAAUGUUAGUUUGCCGCCUUUUCCGGAGUUUUUCUCUUGCAGUGAUUUUAAUGAUAAUUUUAGUCAUAGCUCUUCGUCUCAGUCGUUUAGUCGAAACGAAACUGUUGAUGAUUUCUUCCAAAUUCCUUAUAUAUUUUGAUGUUGUUGUUGUCACCUUUUUUACUCUUGAUGUAAUUGUUCUGAAUUGUGUGAUCAAUUAAAUGAAGUGCUUAUGUUUGUAUAUGCUAA